CCUGUAGGCUCUGACUUCCUGCAGGUUGCUGGCACAAAGUCCAAAGGCAGCGCUGAGGUGACAAAGACGCUUGAGACAGAAUAUUAUCAUGCCUAGGGUGAGUGUGAAUGAUUUGCCUACAGAACCCAUCACUGCAGUUGGAGUUGUCUCGUCACUCAACAAGGCUUUGGAUGACUAUUAUGUUGUUGCACAAACAACAGAUGGCUCUGAUGCCGACCUGUGGAAGGACGGCUUAUUCAAAUCCAAGGUCACUCGGUACCUCUGUUUCACCAGGAAACCAGGGUCUGAUGUCGUUGUGGACGUGAAGUUGACUGACAUGAAGGAAGCAUUGCCAGAGGGCUUCACACACAUUCAAGAAACAUUGGACUCAAAGGAACCGGCCAUGAGGAAGAGGAGGCUAUGUGUGAAAAUCAGCCCAUGUGAAGCUGCAGAAACGGCUGUGUAUGACAUCCAGAUCACUGCCAAAUCCAAGCACCAUCUGGUUCACUACACCUGCAUUGGAGAAAUCAAUAACAUGGGAAUCUGGUAUCGAGUGGGAGAUGUGCCUCAUCUGCAGAUAUCUCAGGAGACACCUAGCGCAGAUAACUCUGAUUCCUCAUCUGACAUUGCCAGUAAGACCAUCAUCAGCAGGCCAGUCAAUGAGCACCAGAGCAGUGGAAGCUACACAAUGACAGCCAUGGAUGACGUGCCCUUUGGAAUCAAUCAAAAGUUCUACGAUACAACAAAAGAGAUGCAGCGAGUCAAUUUAAUGGGCAUUACGAUCAAAUCCCUGGCACAGAUCGAGGAGGAAUUUGACUACAACUUCAGCACGGAGCAAAGCGUUGUUGUGUAAGAAGAACUCCUUCUGAACUUCCUUCUGGUGGGCGGCCGAGGGUGGAGUCAGCUCUCUUGGUUGCGUUGUUGGGUCUGCUCCUGUCUCUGGCCAUGUCCCCCCACCCCAGCAGACGAUGGCAUGGAACACCCCAGAUCCCACCAGUUUUUAUGUUUUUUUUGUUGUUUUUGUUUUUGUUUUUGUUUUACUUUUGUGGCUGUGUGUAGAAAGUUGUUGGUUGCAUCAGCUCUGCUCUUUUGAUGUCUUGAAUGUCCUUUGUUUUCUUUGAUGUUUCCCUCUUACACACAUGCUUAUGUGUGCUAUGACUAUGGGUUUGUUUCCCCUUGACUUCAGUCUACACACCCUCUCCAGGGGCCCAGGCUUAGACUGAUUUUUUUUUUCUUCUUACCAGCGUUUACCUGAUUCUCACCAUUUUUUGAAAUUGGCAGACCCAUCAGCGAUCCUGUUCUAUCUCCCUAUAAUAUGUGUCUGAUCUUGAAUGGGAUUGUGCUGAAAAUCUUAAAGGAGAACAUUAUCACCAGACCUAUGUAAGCGACAAUAUAUACCUUGAUGGUGCAGAAAAAGACCAUAUGUUUUUUUAACCGAUUUCUGAACUCUAAAAGGGUGAAUUUAGCGAUUUAAACGCCUUUCAUUUGAUAGCCUGUCGGAGCGAUGACCUUUCACCCGUGACGUCACAACAUGAAGCGAUCCGCCAUUUUCUCAAUCUUAUUACACGCACCAAGUCACAUCAGCUCUGUUAUUUUCCGUUUUUUUAACUGUUUUGCCGUACCUUGGAGACAUCAUGCCUCGUCUGUGUGUUGUCGGAGGGUGUAACAACACGAACAGAGAGGGAUUCAAGUUGCACCAGUGGCCAAAAGAUGCGAAAGUCCCUCGUUGGUUCCGCACACUAUACCGACGACAGCUAUGCUACAACAGAGAUGGCAAGAAUGUGUGGAUAUCCUGCGACACUCAAAGCAAAUGCAUUUCCAACGAUAAAGUCAACAAAAUCUGCAAUAUUGGAAAGUAGAUCACCACUGAAUCUGCCGGAAUGCGAGCUAUUCAGGGACGACGGCAGUCUGUUCCCGCAGACGAGCAAGGUAAACCCCUUGGAUAUGUCGGCUAAGACGUGAUUUUUGCCACUUCUUUUUCCAUAUCAUUUU